CACGCUAAUCUCUACAAAAUGGCGACUGUUGUUGUUUUGCCGCAGCGUCAAUGAAAAGUCAGUUUCUUAUUUUAACAUUUAUCUGCAACACUGUGCAGAAAUAGCUUUUAAAAUACAAUAGGCGUCCGGCAGGGUCGGCUUCGUGCGGAUUGAAAUGAAAGGCAAAGAGCGGUCGCCGAUUAAAAAACGCUCCCGGGCCCUGGACGAUAUCCGAGACAGGGGAGGAUGCCACCCGACCAGCAAGAAAAUGGGGGCUCUCUCCGUCUCCAGUGGGAGUAAUAAUGGAAAUAGCUCAACCAAAGGCGACGGUGGCUCGACGAGGAGAAGCCUGCUCGGCGAAAAAAGAGACAGGGAUUUCGAGGGACACGGUCGGACUGGAAAUAAUCACAGUUGUCAGCCUGCUGCCGCUAGCUCCGUCGGUAAAAACCACAGCCUGAGCCUGCCGCUCGACUUAGCCUCACCGAGGACCACUUCACGCGGGGAGCAGAGGGUCCAGCCGCCCGGCGCCGAGAGUGAGUACAAAACGCUGAAAAUAAGCGACCUCGGCACCCAGCUGAGCGACGAAGACAUAGAGGACGGACUCUUUCACGAGUUUAAAAAAUUCGGAGACGUGAGCGUCAAGAUAAGCCGCAGCAACGACGAGCGGAUAGCUUUCGUUAAUUUCAGGAAGCCGGAGGACGCGAGAGCGGCGAAGCACGCGAGGGGGAGAUUGGUACUCUACGACCGUCCGCUGAAAAUUGAAGCAGUGUACAUUAACAGGAGGAGAAGCCGCUCUCCUGUGGAGAGAGACUUGUAUAGUGCUGCACAAAGCCAUAGACAUUUGCAGAGACCUCUCUCGCCCACCGGGCUUGGAUACAGAGACUACCGCCUGCAGCAGCUCGCCCUGGGUCGGCUCCCCCCUCCCCCGCCGCCCCCUCUGCCCAGAGAACUGGAGCGGGACAGGGAGUUUGCUCUGUUUGAAGCCAGGGCACGUCCGUCUUUUAUUGCAGAGCGAGCUGCUUUUCGUGAGGAGGAUUUUAUAUCUCCAGAAGAUGACCAAAGAGCCAAUAGGACGUUGUUUUUAGGCAAUCUGGACAUAACUGUUACAGAAGCAGACCUGAGGAGAGCUUUUGACAGGUUUGGGGUCAUAACGGAAGUGGACAUUAAAAGACCCACACGAGGACAAACCAGCACAUAUGGAUUCUUAAAAUUUGAGAACCUAGACAUGGCUCACCGUGCUAAGCUGAGCAUGUCUGGCAAAGUAGUGGGCCUCAACCCGAUAAAGAUAGGCUAUGGAAAAGCGACUCCCACCACGCGCCUGUGGGUGGGUGGUCUUGGACCCUGGGUUCCUGUUGCUGCCUUGGCAAGAGAGUUUGAUCGCUUUGGCACUAUAAGGACCAUUGACUAUAGAAAAGGGGAUACUUGGGCUUACAUUCAGUAUGAAAGUUUGGAUGCUGCACAAGCAGCGUGCACACACAUGAGGGGCUUCCCUCUUGGGGGUCCAGAGAGAAGACUCAGAGUGGACUUUGCAGACACUGAGCAUCGCUACCAGCAACAGUUCCUUCAGCCUCUCCCAAUACCACCGUUUGACAUAGUGGCUGAAUCUUUUGUGCACCGUGCCACUCCUGAACCUCUGAGGGUCAGAGAACGGACUCCACCGCCACUUCACUUCAGGGAGAGAGAGCUCUUUCCUGGUACUGAAUGGCCAAACCCAGCUAUUCGGGAUCGGGUACGAUCCUCACCCUUUGAGCCCCUGGAGCACUUGGAACGUGAGCGACGGGCACGGGAGCCCUGGUCUCUUGAAAGAGAGCUCCAGGGACGAGAACCUGCACGCAAGCGGAGAAUAAUGGAGGAUGGACGCCAUAUAGACCACUCCCCUGACAGCACUGACAGGACAGUAAGACGUAGGCGUCCCUCUCCAGAUGGUAGUCCUGGAGGUAGCAGCAGAGAUGGAGGGCGCUUCAGUGACUCAGAGCGACCUCUGCGAGGAGAGAGACCCUCCCCAACAAGAGAACAUCACAGCAGCCUUGAAAGGGGCGGGGCUGAGCGAAGACUCAAAAGCCAAAGUCUGUCUGACAAGGGACUUUCGGGCAGCAGUAUUUCAGUGGUUGGAGAGCGUAAGCGGAAAGCAGGCGAUAGUGGCAAGGUGCCAGCCAAGAGAGAGCGUUCUGAGAGCAGUUCCAAGGGAGGUCAGCCAUCCAAAACAGACAGCACUAAACUCAGCCUGGCCUGGCAUGGCAUGCUGUUGCUCAAAAACAGCAACUUCCCAGCCAACAUGCACCUGCUGGAGGGUGACCACAGCGUAGCCAGCGACUUGCUACUUGAUUGCUCAACAGGAAGGCAAGUGGCCGAGCUAAAGAUCACCCAGCGUCUUCGUCUGGACCAGCCCAAGCUUGACGAGGUGUCCCGGCGCAUCAAAGUAGCUGGUCCCGGUGGCUACGCCAUCCUGCUUGCAGUUCCUGGGACCACUGAGGAUACAUCUUCGUCUGACCCGGCGGCCUCAACUCAGCGCCCGCUUCGCAACCUGGUGUCCUACCUCAACCAAAAACAAGCAGCAGGAGUCAUCAGCCUACCUGUUGGGGGGAGCAGAGAUAAGGACAACACUGGGGUUCUACAUGCUUUCCCUCCCUGUGAUUUCUCUCAGCAGUUCCUGGAUUCCUCAGCUAAAGCUCUGGCUAAGAGUGAAGAGGACUAUCUUGUCAUGAUUGUUGUUCGUGGAGCAUCCUAAAAAAAAUCUGAACACAAAGUUCAAGUGAUGUUAAAAAAAAAAAGAAAAAAAAAUCUGCUGUUUGUCAGUAACUAUUGCAUGCUGUGUGUUCUGCAUUAUGGGGUUACACUAGUAUGGUUCUUGAGUGUUUGUAUGUUGCCAUGUAAUCCACUAAAUGGACAAAAGAGCCCUCCUACCAAACUAAGACAGUGUGUGUUUUUGAAAUUAUUUUUAAAGGGUGAGUUAAUGCUUACAAAGUCAUAAAUCCAAAGUGAUUCAGCCAGAAUUCUGUUAAACAAGAAAAUAAGAGAAGUUGUUAAAUUAUAAUUCAAUUUAAAAAAGAGGAGUCAUAUUGGAAAGUAAUUCUUGUCCAUUUAUGUUAUAAUCUUAAUUUUCCACAUUAACUUGAAGAAAAAAAAAAGAGUGAAAAAAUAAUCUCAAAUAGACACAAUAACACCACCACAAGUCAAACUACUAACAGUGGCCUUGCAUGCUACUAUGAUGUUAAAGCCACAUUUCUGUUACACAAACAAACAACAACUGAGCUACACAAAGGUAACAUUUGUUUUGGGGCUGUUGAACUUUAUAGCAUCAUUCAGUUUGUACUUGUUGUUAUUGUGUCUAUUUGUUCUAUUUCAGGAUAUUUACCGAGUGCAAUAAUACUUCUACUAUAAUCACAUUUUGAUGGAUAGUCACAAAGGUGAGCAUGGCAUUUGUGAACUGAAGGUUCUGUUAAAUGAAAGGUGUAGCGAGUGAUGUAGAACUACAGUUACAAUCUUUGUCUUUUUAGGUUCUCAGAACAUUUUGAAGACAAUGACAUGUUGCAAAACUGAUUUUCAGUACCAUACACUUUAUUCAUCUGUAGUUUUUGGCCAUCUUACAAUCUUUAAGUUACCGACCCAAUGUCAUCAAGGCAGUUUGGUGAUAGGAGUGUGAUGUACUGAAGACGUUUUGCAACAUGCUCUAAUUUUGAUGGACCUUUCUUGCCUGAGUUGUACGCCUGUGUGCGUUCUCAAUUCUGGGAAAACAUUUUGAAGGUCACUUGUUUAAUAUAACUCAAGAAAAACUCAAAUCAUUUCAGUUACCUAUAUUGAGAAUAAUGUUUUAAUAACUACAAAUUUUGUUCAGGCUCUUUGAGUGCAUUUUUUAUCAAUACUGAUACACCAAGUUGCAAGUUAGACAAUGAAUUAAGUGUGUUUCCUCUGGUUAAACUCAAAUGUAGACUCUAUGUGGAAGAAUGGAUACUAACAGCUGUGACAUUUUUGCCCAUAACAGUACGCAUAGCAUAGUAAAGCAACACUAACAUGUUUUAUAUUUUUUACUUAAUAUUUAAUUUUGUGCAUCCCUACCUUUCAAAAUGGUUGUGUAAUGUGAUUUAUGAGAAACAGCUACUAAUGGAUAAAAGGCUUAGAUAGUUUUGUGUUGUUUCAUUUAUUGCUCUCAAACCAGUAGGUCUUCUCAAGAAACGUUUAUUCAGUAUCAGAAAAAUGUUGGUCAAAGUAACAAAAAGCUGAUAUUUGUUCAGUGAGUAGGUCUGUGUAACGUCAGAGUAUUAGACAUACUAUAACAUUCAAUGUUUGAGUUUCAAUUUAGAGGUUUAAUUAGAUGAGUUUCUUAGCUCAUGCCUGCCAACAUCUUCCCAAGGCCUACUUACUGUAUUUUGUUUAUGACAUUUAUGUUUGACAUGCAAUAGAAACCUAUCCUGAAUUAUAAUUUGCUGAGUUUGGAUAAAUAUGUAUUGAAAAUAUCAGUAUGUCAGAAAAUUGUUAUAUAUGUGGACAUCACAACUUCUUCAAGUUGGACUCCUGAGCAGCCCUGAGGGCAGACCUUCAAACUUCUGCAGAGUGUUUGUGAGUCCUCACUUAUGAAGCAGCUUUUUUAGUUGUGUAUCCCAUCUGCACCUGUGAUGACUUCUGUUUUUGAUGGAAAAUUUGAGCAAUGUACACUUUGAUGUCAAGAGAGAGGAAAAUCCGUAGAGCCCAUGUGAAGCUGUUCACAUACCUGCAAGUGCUUUGGGCACUAAAUGUGACCGAUUAUCAAUAAAUUGUUCAUUUGAAGGGAAACAUGUUUCUUCGAUGGAAGUGAAUUGAAGAAACACACUGCCAAACCUUAUUGUGUUCCAUGGAGUUUUCACUUGAAAUUUUGUUACUGCACACAAAAGGGGAGACAACUUGCAGUUUGUUUAGCACCUUUGAAGAGAGAACCCUGUGUCGUGUGUGGAUCGUUGUUUGCAUACUGGCCUUUUCUGGGCUCCUUUGUUACCCACCACAAAUUACUCCCACAUGAUCCCCUGUUACAGCGGCAUCUGAACACCUUUGUCAGGAUCGAGGAGCUUCUGCUGCCCUUUCUUCACUGCCAGAAUCCUGUUUGCAGUGUGAAACUUUGGCAGAUGCAGACAACGGUGCAGUUUGGGAAUCAAGGGCUGGAGCAAACAGCAGCAUGUCCUGUGGUCCUCCUGGUAAUUCCUCUAAGGGGUCUCGUGUGCACUGUUCCUGUUUCUGAAUAGGAGCUGAGGAAAUCCCAUCACCACCCUUCACACACUCCACUCCAGAGAUUGUGUGUGACACUGCUGUGAAAUAUCCAUAGCAUCUUCAGCUAAGGGUGUCUCUCUGCAGAGACAAAGCUGAACCGCUGGGCUGAUUCGUCUUUAUUAUACUCUUUCCCAUAGUGAUUUGAUUUGACCUAAUGUUUGGCUCAGGGAAAAGGAUUGGCCCAAACCUCAGCUAGGAAUAUUGUUUGCCCCUAUCUUUGUGUCCUCCUCUGAUUGAAGCGUCUCCAAGGAGACAAGUGAAGAAGUGCUGCUGUGCCGAAGCUGUAUUCACUCAUCAUCAGAGGUCUGCUGAAGCAUGGGAAAAAAAUUGGAACAGGCCAAAUAGUUUACCCUUUUUGCCACCGCUGGAAGUAUCCACGCUGCGGACCCUCCCCCAAGUUCUCCUAAGAAACCUGUGUUUUUUUUUGCCAGUGCCCUUAUACAGUUAUGGCAACGACACAGGAGAGGGAGUUUUCCAUUCCCUCCAUUUUAGUUAUAAUAGUGUGAGGACAAAAGCUGUGCUGAGAAGGGCCCCUUACUUCACUAGAGAAACAUUGCCAUCUUGAGGACCACCGAGCACCUGCCUUCCCCUGUCAGUCUACCUGACAAAAUCCCACUCAUGCACAACCGACACCCAGGACCGAGCUCACUGGUGGUAUCACUGUUUGACUGCUGUGUAAAAAUAGCAUGAGGGUGAGUAAGCAGAAAAGGUGCUGCCUGCCAGGCCUGUAUCGUUGGCAUAGGCAGCAGUGGUAAGUAUAAAGUGUCAACACCACAUGUUUUACAAUAACAAAUGCAAAAUGGCAAAGUAUCUAUUUCAGCCAAAGUCAUUCCUGGGCUUAUUUCCACUCAAAGCAGUUAACAGAAAUCAUCUUGUGAUUAUUAACAGGACCGUUCACUGCCCCCUAACCGAAGGCAUAUUUACUUCAGCAGCUUCUACGUUGACAAAACAAUGACAUGUUUUAAAUACUUAUGGUAAAAUGUAACACAUGGUAAUCAUCAUUCUCUAAAAUUUUGAAUAGGUUCUCAGUGAUGCAAAAAAGAUGUACAAUUUUGAAAAUAAUUCAGGUGAGUUUUUAUAGUUUCUGAAGCUGCUAGGGAAGUAAUGCAGAUUCAGUCGUUUUCUUUGUGUAGUUCAGUAUAGGUUAAAAACCGAAUUACUCUCGUUGACUUGAAGAUUGAUAUCAGUGAUGACACAAACAACCAAGAGGUGACAUGAGGUUGUCAGGGAGAUAGUCAUACUAAACCUUUUCUUUUAUCACAGUUACUUUUAUUUCUCAUAUUGAGCCUAUGUUUGAGUUUAGGUGUAUAUAAAGACUUUUAUGAUGCUGUGUAGUGGACUGCUGCCAAACUACAUUUCAUUGCAAUUACAAAAGUAUCAAACUAGGCCAAAAAACCUGCAUAUUUUUAAGAGGCAUUUUCAUUCAUGAUGAAUGUCGUCAGCGAGUCGUGCCUUCAUAACAGAUAGUGUUAUUGACCCUGCUUUAGACAACUGUAUGAGAUUAAUCUUGUUCAAGCAUGGCAACAAUAGCAGUUGUACAAAUGUAAUUAGUUUGAAAUAGAUUGCUUCUGCCCCAGAAACAUUUAGUUUCAGAGAUGUUAACGACAUUAGACCACAGAUGAUAACCCCGUGUUCAUUUAACCACAGUUAUUAAUGUGAGAUUUAAUGGAGAACAAAUCCUUACCUGUACAUAAAACAUACACCAACCGUAAAACGUGAAUGUAUAGUUAUAAUUAAUCAAUCUGCACUAAGAACUAAAAACUUUGAUUCAUGCAACUAAGUAAUUAAACACCAACACUUGUCGAAGAUGAGAUACUUACAAACAAAGAUCAACAGAAACUGGAUGGAUUGGUCAUUCUUCUUGAUUAUCAGUGUUCAAACAAUAGGCUCAGUUUUGCCUUUUAGGAGAGCAUUUAUCUUCAAACACUACACGAAGGUUAUCUACUAUACACAAUAUCAAACAUCCAAAUCACUGCACUUACCUACAGUUCUUGGUAAAGGUACUGCCAGUUCUUAUAUUACAUUCUUAUAUUUAAUCAAAUGUGAACUGUUGUACAGUAUGCGCUAAACAAGCACCUUAGUCAUCAAAUCAUAGAGGGAGACAUGUUUGGGAUUCAAGCUAAAAAAUAUAUAUAUAAUUUAUCUGACUGAUGCAAUAGAAUCCACAAAUUACAAUUUAAAACAGUGAAUUCAGAAAUGAUUGCUGAUUGGAUGUAGUUAAUUAAAGGGUUAAGUAUUUUGGUAUCAUGUUGAUCAGCGUUUAAAUGUCUAAAGUCUUGUCUUGCACUUUUAGCGGCGGCUGUGGCUCGGUUGUCUCUCAACCUGAAGGUUGGGGUUCGAUCCCCAGCUCCUUUAGCCACAUGUCUGAUGUGUCCUUGGGCAAGACAUUCAACCCCAAUUUCUUCCCACUGCUUCAUCAGCGUGUAGGAAUAGGAUUAGUUCCUUCUGAUGGCCACUAUACAUAGCGACCUCUGCCAUCAGUGUGUGUCGAGGGUGUGACCUGCGGUGUAAAAGUGCUUUGAGUAGUCAGAAACUAGAAAAGCGCUGCACAAGCUCAGGUCCAUUUACCAUUUGAAUCUCACUGCAAAUGAUUGACACUGUCAUGAGAACUGUGAACCGCUGCCACAUAAUAAACACAUUUGUAUGUUUCACAGAGUUCCACUGGACAGCAGACGAUUCAUCAGUUUGAUUCCAGGCUGUCACUGAACAUCUUCAGGUGUCGACUACACUGUAAGUAACCUGCUUUGAUUAUUACAUCAGUGUACAAAAUGUGGAAACCUUUUAAAGCCAGGUGAAAUUAUACAUAUUUGUUGUGUCUUUAUUAAACUUAAAAUGAGAUUGAAUGUAAUGUGUUUAUAAAUAAUUGUUUGUAUGUCUUGAUAAAGUGUCAAUAAAAGGUUUCAGAUAUGA